AUGGGGGAAGGAUAUUCAAAAAAUACGCUGAAGUAUGGGAAUUUGAGUGAAAGUAACGUAGAAAAUAUAAGAAAAAAAUUUAAUUUAAAUAAAAAAGAAAUAAAUGAAAAAAUCAGCACUCUAGAUUUUAUAUAUGUAUAUCCAUAUAUAUUAAGACCAUAUAUAGCUUUAGUAUUACCUUCAUUUCAUGAGGUACUAAGAAAAAAAGUUAAAAAAAAUAAAGGGAAAUCAAAUAGUUAUGGAUUUAAUUAUGCUAUUAAUAUUUUAUUUAAUAAAAACAGCAGAAAAUUAAAUAAUGAAAUAUCUUUACAAGAAAUAAUAAAUAUAUUAUCUUAUAUACAUAGUGGGAAAAGUAAAGUUAUUAUAAGAAUUUUAUUUAUGAGUUUUUUAAGAUAUAGUAUAUCAAACAAUAAUGAAUCUGAUAAAUUAAAAAUUAUUAAUGAAAAUGAACAUGAUAAUGAUAAGGAUAGUGAAAACUUGAAUGAAAAUGAAAAUUUAAACAUGAGAAAAUUAUCUAUGGAAAAUGAUAAGAAAGAAGAUUCAUAUUCUAACAAUGAACCAAAUAUAUAUAACAAUGAAAAUGAUAAAGAGGAAUUAAGUAGAAUAAAUAACUCCCUUAAAUUGGUUUUUUCAGAUUCUAAUGUAAAUAUAAUAAAUAAAAAUAGUAAAAAAGAAAGAAAUUAUAAGUUUAUAAACGAUAAUAUCUUUUUUUUAGAUAAAAAUAAAAUAAAAUAUCAUUAUCCUAAAAAUUACAAUGUGAAGGAUUUAAUAUCAGUAGAAGAAGCAUUACAUCAUCUCUUUACAUAUAUGUAUAUUGAACAGUUAUAUUUAUUAUGUCCAAGUAAUUUAUUAUUUAAAAUAACAAAUAAAAAACAAGUAUCAGAGAAAAAAAUAUUUUUGAAUAAGUCCAAAUCAAAUUUGAAUGAAGAUUUUGUAAUAAAUAGAAAAAAUAGUUGGGAUUUAACCUUUUUUUUUAAGGAAUUGUUUUUUUCCUUGGAAACUAAUUUAGAUUUUCGAAAUAUAAUUAUUGGUUUUAGACUAUAUGUUAAUUCUUUAGAUAAUAGUAAACAUUCUAUAUAUUAUUUAAUGAUAGAAUACAUUAAUUCGACAUUUACAAAUUUAAGUAACAAUUAUGCGAAUGCGACAUUUAAACAUUUUACAGAUAACGAAAAUAUAAUAACUAGCGAAAAGAAAAAGGAAAAUAAUGAUGGAGAAAAUAACAUCACAAAUUUUAAUGAUAUAUGUAUAGAUAGCAUUGAACUAAUACAUUCUAUUUAUACAAAUAUGAAGAAAAAUGAAAUAAAAAAUCAAGAAAGCAAAGAAAAUUUAUCAAAAGAAGAUAUAUAUAAAAAAUCCUCAUCUAUAUUAGAAAUUCAAAAUGAAACUAACGGAUGGAGAGGAUUAUUUUUAAAUAAAACUAGUAAAAUAUUAACUGAUGAAAUUGUUUUUAGUUUAAGACAAUGUUCACCCUGUUUUAUAAAUAAUGAAUGGUAUAGAUUAUAUGCUUCAUGGAAACAAGGGACAAGUUUUAAUAGAUUUAUUAACUCUGUUUUUUAUUAUCCAGCUCCUAUUGUAAUUGUAAUUAAAACAAAUGAUAAUCAAAUAUUAGGUGGGGUAUGUACUACGCCUCUAAAAGAUUCUCAUUUGUAUCAUGGUUCUUCAUCUGAUUUUUUAUUUUCUGCAUAUCCAGUUUUUAGAAUUAUUAGAACUAAUCAAUUGGGUAAUAAUUAUGUUUAUUUAAAUAGUAAAAAUUCUUUUUAUCCUAAAGGUUUAGGAUUUGGAGGAAAAACUGAAUGCUUUAGGUUAUUUUUAAGUGAUGAAUUUAAAGAGUCUUAUUGUACACAAAGUGAUUAUACUUAUAAAAGUGGACAUUUAUAUUUUCCUCAUCAUAAAAAAGAAAAAGAUGAUAUUAAUAUUGAUGAUGAUGAUGACGAUGAUGAUACAGAUUCAUUUUUAUGCAAAUUAUCUAUUAAUGAAGUGGAAGCAUGGGGGUGUGGUAAUGAAAAAUCUUUAGAAGAACAAAGAUUAGCUUUUCAAAACGAAGAAGCAUGUAAGCAAGAAAGAAGAUCCAUUGACAAGUCGAAAAUUGUUCAGAAUAGUUUUGAUAAAGAAUUUUUAUUACCAAAAGUUUUUGUUGGCGGAAAUUAUGACAAUUUUGCAAAUGAAACUUAA